UCAGCUACGCUAGUACCUACCUAAUUAAACUUCAAAGAAAAUUUUUACUCUAACAAGAUACGAAUUCAGAUUUUUGAUGGAUUACAUUUCCAAUGUAAAAAAAAAUAAUAAAUUAAAAACUACACUACUUCGUUGAUUCUGAUCAUAAUUCAUAGUUUUAUUUGGGACGUCUAAUUUGAGACAAUUAUUAAUGUACAAUGAGUUUUUCAAUAGAUGAAGUCAACUUCUUAGUAUAUCGAUACUUACAAGAAUCAGGUUUUCAUCAUUCAGCGUACACGUUUGGUAUUGAGUCUCACAUAUCACAGAGCAAUAUAAACGGUGCUCUUGUACCGCCGGCUGCACUUCUCAACAUACUUCAAAAAGGCUUGCAGUACACCGAAGCCGAAAUAACUAUAGGAGAAGAUGGAACAGAGACAAGACUUACAGAAAGUUUAAGCCUAAUUGAUGCUGUAACACCUGAUAUUGUAGCAGCUAGACAAAAUGCUCAUAAUGCACAAAAGCAAGCUAAUAAAGAGACUACUGGAUCGGGGAGUGAACAAAAUGGUGUUGAGCAGACCACCACAUGCAGUGCACCAUCAACAACAGGUGGUGCUGCAACACCAAAUGCUCCUGAACCAUUGGAAGUAGAUCAAUCCAUUGAGAUACCACCUACCAAGGCAACAGUUCUUAGAGGGCAUGAAUCUGAAGUUUUUAUUUGUGCAUGGAAUCCCAGCACAGAUUUAUUAGCUAGCGGCUCCGGUGAUAGUACUGCAAGAAUAUGGGAUAUGUCUGAUAAUCCAACAACAGCACCCACUCAAUUAGUGUUGAGACACUGCAUUCAAAGAGGAGGAGCGGAGGUCCCUAGUAAUAAGGAUGUUACAUCGCUUGACUGGAAUUGUGAUGGAAAUCUCUUAGCAACUGGGUCAUAUGAUGGCUAUGCUCGUAUUUGGACUACAGAUGGCAAACUUGCCUCUACAUUAGGGCAACAUAAAGGACCAAUCUUUGCACUAAAGUGGAAUAAGCGAGGAAAUUACAUACUAAGUGCUGGGGUUGAUAAGACAACUAUUAUUUGGGAUGCUGCAUCAGCAAUGCACACAACAAUUUUCAUUCCACAACGCCCCAGCACUUGA